AUUUAUACUAGCAUGGGACAUCCGGCUGUGAGUGGAGCCAUGACUAUUGGUCCUCAUAUGCUGGGUCACUCCGGUUUGGGUGGCGUCUCUCCGGCGUAUAUAAGUGGCACUAUAAUGGUGCCUGGACAUCAGCACACACACGCUGGAACGCUGAGGAGGACGCUGAUACCGACUAGCAUGGGAAUGAUGAGCUCGCCAUCGCCUCCGCCGGCGGGAAUGACGGGAAUGGCGGGCAUGGGAACUGGAAUGGGCAUGGGCAUGGGAAUGGGAAUGCCACCGCAUUCGCUGGCCUCCGGCAGCGGCAGUGGCAGUGGCGUCUACUAUGACAGCACGGUGCCACGGACAUUGGCACGGGGCAUGUCGACGGAGAGCAGUGGUCAGUAUUUCUACGGAUGACACUCGCUUAACCGCAAGGCUUCGCUGCCAAUCGCCAUUGCGGUAAGACCGCAACCGCACCUGAACUUCAACAUGCUGCCAAUGUCGGCCACGAUGGGCUUGACCGAAUCCGGCGUUGGCAGUCGGGCCGGAACACCCACCAAUGGCAGCAACAAGUCAGACAUACCAGCGAUCACAGUGACUGCCUCGCCAGGACCAGGUUCCCUGCACUUGGCCAACACUGGACAUGGCCAGAAACCGCCGAACUCCGGCAGUGACUCACUGUCGCGUCAGACGACGACAACCACGCCCACCAUGUCCAUGUCUGGGCGUAGUCAAUGCUUCUAGGAUCAGUUUCUCAAUUAUCGCGACGUAACUCCCGAUGGUACCAAAUACCAAAAGAAGCUGCCCCAAGAUGAGGACCUCUUCUACUUGUA